AUGGCGGAGAUUCGACCGAUCAAACGAUUACUUAUUGCUAAUAGGGGAGAAAUAGCAACCCGAAUCCUCUCAACAACCCGCGAACUCUCAAUCCCAACCUACACCCUCCACACCCCCUCUGACACCCUUCACACGCACCACUCAACGCACUCCAUCGCCCUCCCCUCUCCCUCCUCCUACCUCGACAUCUCCCACCUCAUCACCCUCGUAAAACACUAUGCUAUCGACACCAUCCACCCAGGCUACGGCUUCCUCUCCGAAUCGGCCGAAUUCUCACAACGCAUGCUCACAGAAGCAAACUGCCAUGUCAUCGGUCCCGGUCCAGCAAUCCUCUCCCGAACAGGCGAUAAACUGCAAGCCCGAGCCUUAGCUCAGGAAUGCAACGUCCCCGUUCUUCCGGCCUUGCAAAACCCGACUUCAUCCCCCUCAGACGUAGAGACCUUCGCGCAAAAAGUCGGAUACCCGAUCGUCGUCAAAGCCGUCGACGGGGGCGGCGGUCGCGGGAUUCGUAUCGUCUAUCAAUCUUCCGAACUCGAAAGAUCCGUGUCCCUAGCACUGAAGGAAAGUCCCAGCACCCUCAUCUUCGCCGAAAAAGCCGCAAUCUCAGGCUACCGCCACAUCGAAGUGCAAAUCAUCGGCGAUGGCACAGGAGCCGUCCGACACUUAUGGGAACGCGAAUGCAGCAUCCAGCGGCGUUUUCAAAAAGUCGUGGAAUUCGCUCCCUCUUCACUCGCCAACCGGAGAUUAGUGAGUAAAGUGAUCGAAGCGACGUUGAAGAUGGCGCGACAGGUACGGUUUUUGAGUCUUGGAACCUUUGAGUUCUUGGUUUCGGAGGAGAAAGAGGAGUACUGGUUCUUGGAGGUUAAUCCGCGGAUUCAGGUUGAACAUACUGUUACAGAGCAAUUGGCUUUGGGGGUUGAUUUGGUGAGGUUGCAGGUUUUGAUUGCGCAGGGAUAUAGGUUGGAAGAUGUGUUUCCGAGGUUUUUGGGGCAAGAUCCAGAAGUGCCUCCGCCGGUGUAUUCGAUUCAGUUAAGGGUUACAGCGGAGGAUGUGGCUAACAACUGGGCUUUGAGCGUGGGGAAGAUUAAGGGUUUUGGCUUCCCCAUGGGAAAUGGAGUUCGUGUCGAUACACAUCUUACCAGCGGCCAUCCAGCCGUGAUAGGAACAGACUUCGACAGUCUCCUCGCAAAAACUCGUAAUUUCAGGAAACUCAUGGGAAACCGUCGUUUCCAAAGCAAGAAGAGCACUAGAAGAAACUUGGAUCGAAGGCAUAACAACAAACCUAAACAUCCUCCGCGGUAUCCUCGCCAGCCCAGAUUUCGAGAAUGGAAAAUGCGAUACGCGAUGGCUCGAAACUCUUCUCCCUUCCUUACUAAAAAGCGGAGAGAUGUUAACACCAAAACCACCACCAAGACAGACAAAUACGGCGACAACCACCACAGCACCCUCAACUAUCCUUCUUAA